AAUGAGGUCACAUAAACUGAUAAACUAUCCGACCCAAUAAAUCUGGGUCCGCCUUCCACACGAAGAGAACCACCAGAGCAUCGAAAUCGAUACAUCGAACAUGGCAGUAAUGGAGAGGUUGAGGAUAUUCGUAGCUCAAGAGCCCAUCGUCGCUGCUUCUUGCCUUAUUGCUGGAUUCGGCCUCUUUCUUCCAGCCGUAGUGAGGCCCAUACUUGAUUCUUAUGAAUCAUCCAAGCAAGUACCUCAACCUGCUCUUAGUGAUGUGGUUGCAGGUAUGACGGGUAAAAAGCAGGGGUAAUGUAGAAAGCAGAUGUUUAAAAUCUGUUUUCAUCACCCAUUUGUUUCUCUUCAAAUCUUAGAUGACGAGGAGUAAUAAGUACCGGCGCCUUCUCUCUGUUUCCUGUUAAGAACUUUGUAAUUAAACAUCUUUUUGAUUAAUAACAAGUUUGUGCUACUUGAUUUUCUGUU